CUUCUGGCACGGAAUUUGGACGGUAAUUCCUCUCCUUGUUAGAUGAUCCGGAGCCUUUUCGUUCUGGUUUGUCUGAUGUCUGACCUCCUUUCGUAGAUUCAUUUGAAAUAUAAAUAUGCACUCCAUUCAUCAUCGCCUACUAAGGUGUAGGUCUAUUUCAACCCCAUCGCUUCAUCCUUUCCUCAUCUCCUUUUCUUCUACUGCAGGCCGUCCAAGUCGCGGCCACUUCUGAACGCAUUGAAACGGUGCAACUCGCGUGCAUCUCCUUCUUGUCCACCAAUGGCGCCGACCGUGGUCAAGUCACAGACAUCCAGUUCGAGUCCGCGAUGGAUCAGGCAGAAAGUGGCGAGAUGCUCCUGCUGGAGAUCUGCGUCAGUCACCUCUUCGGCAUGAACAACGAGGUCGAGGCAAAGCACCUGGUAUUUUUUUGUGAUUUGGAUUGAUUUCAGAUGGGUGAGAGAUGAAUAAGAAGAGUUGAGACUUCGAGAGAGGAAGAUCAUGACAAUUUUUCAGCUUAAAGCUGACGCUUGCACCUAUAACAUAUUACUUAUAUCACCCUAUCACACCCAAACAGAUGGAUCCGCGCGUUGUAACUAAGCUGGGCUUAAUCCGUACCGAGUUUACCGUCCAGGCAGCGAAACCACAUCCGGCUUUCGCAUCGUUGCAGGGUUUGUGCAACCGUGUGCGCGUUGAUGGGCAGCGCCCGUACCACAAGAUGCCAGGCGCAAUCACCGAAGGCCUGCCUAAUACGUUCCGCACCAAGAUCGUCGAGCUUGACGAAGCGCGUGUUUCUGCUGGGAUCGAGAAGAUCAAGGAGAAGUUGCUUGCCAUGUCCGCCGCCUUCGCGGACUACGAUCCGAACAAUCCGCAGGACACCGAGACCGCCAUCACCGAAAGCUGCGACGCCAUCUGGCAUGAUGGAGUGAAAGAGUCUGACCCCAUCAAACCUCUCCUAUCUGGUGUCCGCAAAUUGACCACGGUUUUCCUGGAGACAAUGGAUGAGGAAGAGGAGAGCAAGGCGUUCCUGGUGUUGCACGAGCAGACCCUCGAGGUGUCGAUGGGAGCGUUCCCCGAGC